GAGCUCCCGAUCCACCAAGAGCAUAUGGUGUUUUUCAUGAGAAAGACAGAGAUCAUUCCCUUGGAUUUUGCUUAUUGAUCCCCUGAACAGAACCAAGGUUGCUAAGAGACCACCUGCACUGAACGUACUUUGGUCUAGCAAGAGCAGAGUGAGGAAAAAAAUUGAGGACGUGUUACUUACCACUUCCUGAGAUUCAUUCAGGUGAGAAAUGCGUUUUUCUGUAGCCACUCCUCUGUCCCCAUUACUUGUCUACUCUUCCCUCACUUCUGACUUCACUGUUUUUGGAGAGAGUAGAAGUUGCCCCAAGGAGCGCCCAUUGCAGAAACUCAAGGUGAAGUUUGAGGCUACCAGAAGGAAAGUCUCUUGGAAGCAGGAAUUCUGAAUAUGACUGGUAAAAAUUGGAUAUUAAUUUCUACUACUACCCCUCAAAGUCUGGAAGAUGAAAUUCUGGGAAGACUUCUAAAAAUUUUGUUUGUUUUAUUUGUUGACUUAAUGUCUAUUAUGUAUGUUAUCAUAACUUCUUAGAAAGCUGACUUCCUUUAUAUGUGCAUUUCAAAUUGAAUU